AUGCCCUACCUAGGGAUGCGUGUUCGUCUCCAACAAGCAAGAGAUGCUUUCCUAUCGGCUCAGAAAGAUUGGAACGAUGCCAAAGAUCGCCUCACCUCGCUUCAGGCAAGUCUCAACGAGAAACAAACGCUGGCCGAUGAUAUUUCCAGCGGUCGGCAGUUGAAGAGCACCCCAUAUAAGGCCAAGAUGCUCGAAGUUGAAAUCCAGGGCCUCAAUAGGAGUAUCGCGGCAGCUGAAAGGGGCAUUAUUCAGCAUCGUGGCAGAAUGGAUGCUGCUGAAGCUAUUUUUAAUCAACUGGAAGGUCUUAAAAUUUUAGACACGAUGCCAGGCAUGUGA